AGCGAGGAAGAUGAAGAGAAGAAGAAAGGAGUGAGAGAGAGAGAGAGGAUGCAAUUGCAGUCUGCAGAGAUGUUGUUGUUGAUAGUACUAGUACUGGCAACUCAUCAUCUGUCACAAUCCAUUAUCUUGCACCACUAACUCAACCAAACCUUUCAGAUGGAGUGCUGGACGUCGGUGGACGCGGUGGUGGAGGAGAUAAUGAGGAUCCACCGCUCGCUGCCGCCGAGGCCGGCCAUGGACGAGGUGGAGGCGGCCAAGAGUCUGAUCGUGAAUGUGGAGAAGGAGGAGCAGGCGAGGAUGGAGUCCAUGGCGAGGCAGAGCAAGGGCGUGGAGGUUCCCGAAGAGCUCUUCAUGGUGCUCCAGGAGAUGCAGAGGAACGCGACUUACUUCCACAGCAAGGAGCAGAAGAGAGAGGCUCUCAGACUCCUCGAUCUCGACACCCUUCAUUCCCUCUUCGAUCAAUUCAUUCAGAGAGCUUCUAAUUGCGUUUCCACACCCUCUUACUCCAACGCCUCCACCUCAUCCUCGCUUUCCCUUACUUUCUCUCACAAUUUCCUUUCUAAUUCCGUUUCCAACCCUGUUUUUCACAAACCCCCGCCCGCUACUGCCGCUUCUACAAGAGUGGUCACACGCGAUGACACUUAUGUCACCAACUCCAACUCAUCGUUUUACUCCAAUGGCCAUGGACUUCAACUUCAACCAACUAUCCCUUCCAAAUCCAAAUCCCAUAUAUUCGCUUCAUCUUUGAAACCCACAAUCGCCGCAGGUCAAGAUGGGGAUAAGUUGAGUUUGAUAAAACUUGCUAGCUUGAUUGAAGUUUGUGCAAAGAAAGGAACACGUGAACUCAAAUUGCAGAAUAAGUUGAUGGAUCAAGUUGAUUGGCUGCCUGAUUCUAUAGGCAAGUUGUCGAGUUUGGUGACUCUUGAUUUGUCGGAGAAUCGGAUUAUGGCCUUGCCGGCCACAAUUGGAGGACUUUCUUCGUUGACCAGAUUGGACUUGCAUUCCAAUAGAAUCACGGAGCUUCCUGAUUCUGUGGGGAAUCUUCUAAGUCUGGUCUAUCUUGAUCUAAGGGGAAACCAGUUAACUCUUCUGCCUGCUUCUUUUAGCAGAUUGGUGCGCUUGGAGGAGCUUGAUUUGAGUUCAAAUCAGCUUUCAGCGCUUCCUGACUCUAUAGGGUCACUUGUUAGCCUAAGAAUAUUGAAUGUGGAAACCAAUGAUAUAGAUGAGCUUCCGCAUUCUGUUGGUAAUUGUUCUUCCCUUAGGGAGCUUCGUGUUGACUAUAACCGGCUUAAGGCACUGCCUGAAGCUGUUGGCAAGAUUCAGAGCUUAGAGAUUUUGUCUGUGCGGUACAAUAACAUCAAACAACUACCUACCACAAUGUCGUCUCUAACAAACCUCAAGGAACUUAAUGUGAGUUUCAAUGAGCUAGAGUCGGUGCCUGAGAGCUUGUGUUUUGCCACCUCGCUUGUCAAAAUGAAUAUAGGAAACAAUUUUGCCGACAUGAGAUCCUUGCCGAGAUCCAUUGGGAACCUUGAAAUGCUUGAGGAAUUGGAUAUCAGCAAUAAUCAAAUACGCGUGCUUCCUGAAUCGUUUAGGAUGCUCACUCGACUACGUGUUCUGCGAGCGGAAGAGAAUCCUCUUGAAGUUCCGCCGAGAGAAAUAGCUGACAAGGGAGCACAGGCUGUUGUCCAGUACAUGGCUGAGCUUGUGGAGAAGAGGGAAAAGAAGGAUGUUAAAUCACAGCCUCUUAAGCAGAAAAAGAGUUGGGCUCAGAUCUGUUUCUUUUCGAAGUCUAACAAAAGAAAGCGUGACGGGGUUGAUUAUGUGAAAACCUGAUUUCAUUCAAUGACACACCAUUGCUGGCAAGCGACAGAUUCCAUGUAGGGAAUGCUAGUAAAGUGGGAAGGCAUGGCUGCUGAUGUUUACUGUUUUCCUAUGUGACAGGGAUAUGCAUUUAAAGUAGAGACAAAUAUAUCUAUGUGCCGUCAAUAAUAUGCAAAGAUAUGGAUCGGGCAGGAAUGAAUUGAGAGCCUUUGUAGGCUGUUAUAAUUCUCUUUGACUUGGUGGCACAAAUUGUAGAUUUCUUGUUCAAUAUUUUCUGAUUUUUUUCCCUGUAUAAUUUGAAUUUUCUAUUUAUUUCAUUUGUAUUUCUGUUGUCUUGAAAGUAGAAAGAAGUGUACACAAUCCAACAGGCAAACAGAGACGGAUAGUGGGGAAGAAACCGAAGAUGAUUAUGUACUGUGGUUAUGUAUGUACAAUUGUAACUUCACUCUGUUACGAAUUACAGUUACCCCUUGUACCA